AUGGGCUUCUUCCCUUUGUGGAGCUUGGUGGCUGUGGAGCGCCAUGCUUCAGAGGAUCUGGAAGCCUACCUGAAGCGGAUCCGGACCAGGGAGGAGCUUUCUCAGGUGCUUGGGGCGGUGCUGGAGUUGUUGCGCUGCUUGCUGCAGCACGGUGUCCGGCACAACGACUUGUGGGCCAGCAACAUCCUGGUGGUUCGGAAGGCCCUCGACACCUCAGAGCUUCCGCUUCGCCUGCUGGCCAUCGACUUCGAGGCCGCCGAGCUCCUCGAGGAAGGUUUCUACGACUUCUGGGAGGAGUCCCAAAGUCUGGGCGGCACCGACUCCGCGCUGUCGCGCGCCAGAGACUUUCUGCACCAAAGAGGCGUGCACCCGCAGGAGUUGCCGCCGAUGGCCCCCAGCUUCCACGCCUUCGUGGGCGACGGCUAUAGCAACGCCUUUGAGAUGUGGACGGACCGGGAGAUGUUGGCCAAGGUCUUAGAUCACCACCUAGGCGCCGGGGCGCUGGCGGAGCUGGCGAGGCCUUUCCGGCCCUUCCUGGAGGCGUUGGGGUCGCCGGGCACGGAGUAUCCGAGCUGCGAAGACGACGGGACGUGUGGCCAGGAAGGGUGGCAACUGGACGACCUUUGGCAGCUGCUCAACGUGUGAAGCUUCGAUGCCAUCGAUGGAUCAGGAGCCUUGUAACAACUCCCAGCGAGGCUGGCGGGACAUCCAAGAAAGCCAAGGCCCCGAUGGCGCCGCGCUGCACAUGGCAGGGAGGUGAGGUGCAUCCUGGUCUCAGACUCGCCGAAGCGACGCCGCACAUAUCCACCAACCUUUGUUCGGGCAAAACGACUCUCAGCUUCCGACUGCACGAGGUCCUCGCGGAGAACCACAGACGCGCAUUUGCUUUGAAGGGGGCAAAAUGCCCACGAGAGUUCCUACGGAUCUCUGCAAGCUAAGUCCGGC